UUUUAUGUCAGACAUCUUGGCCAUCAAGCUCAUUUUUUCUCCUUUGACUCCUCCUCCCAGCCCACUCUUGUCUGUCAUCUCGAUGAUUAUGGUUUUCACAGGAAGACACCUCUUACUUUCACAAAGAGAGAGCAAAGCACUCGUCACUGCGUCAAGGAUGGAUCAUAUUCAUAAAAUGACUCUUUUUCUGCUAAUUGCUGGAGCUCUUGUACAUACAAGUUAUUCUGAGGAUGAAGUAACCAUAUCUCUGAGCCCAGAGUUUGUAAAGGUCAUAUCUGGUUCUUCCUUAAAUCUCACUUGCAAUUUCCAUAUGCUCAAUGGUUCCAGAGUUAACUGGAUGUUUACCAAAACCAUUGACACAUCUAACCUUCAAAAGCUGACACUAUCUCAUAAUGAAGAGGAUCGUAUUCAUCAGAAGAAAGGAAAAUAUUGGUCCAGACUGACAGUGAGGAAUGUGACUGUGAAUGACAGCGGAUGGUACUUUUGUGAAGUCAGAGUAGAGAUUCCUAUACUUAAGAAUUUAGGGCUUAGCAAUGGGAGUCAAGUUAUUGUCGAUGACACCUCAACUGCUUCUACCAACAUGACCGUCGCUACACCAACAUCCGCAUUGUGUCCCCCUCUUUCAGGGGUAUGGAUAUGGGUAGGAGCAGGCACAGGAGUGGCAGUGGUCAUUUCGCUGAUAUUGAUUUGGAUCCUGUGGAGGCGGAAGAGACGCCUGGAAAGAGAACCCCUUGUACGAAAACACGACAAAGGUACAGACUUGGGCACCCAAACAACCCUCUCCGAGGCCCUGUGUGCAAACAGCCCAGAGCAGAAUACUGACCCAGAACGCACUGAAGACUCCGACACAAGCUCGAGCCCAUGAAAUCUCUUUCUUUGUUGAUCUUUAGAAAGCCGUAUAUAUCAGAACACGCACCCAACGACGCGGAGCUGCACACAGAAAACGGAGGCCUCGCGAACGCGUGUACAAACUGAGUCCAAGACAGCUACUUAUGAAAAUGUGAGAGCAGCAAAACCAGCGAGGAAACACCCAAACAAAGUCAGACCGAAGGUGUAGAACGCAUCAUAACGGCCGUUAUACAAACGUUUUACAACGUAAUUCUAUUUAUGAUGCAGCCCUCUAUUCUGUUCAUUUAGACAGAGUCUUCAAUUCAACAGGACAUCCUCUGAUCUGCCAAGCACAGUAUUUUUUCUCUCCCAUUAGAAAUAACUGAACUCAUCGGUUUUGAAGUGUUAGCUAUGUUAAUUCAUUUCAUAUUGUAACUGAGAUUAACUUUGUAACUGAGAUUAAUUUUGUAAUUUUGUAAGCCUGCAAUCAUCUGAAGGUAACAGGUUGUUAAUUAUGAAUAUUAAAGAAUAUGGUAUGCCAUUAA